AUGUCGAUCGGUCUGACAAUACGGACCCUGUUAUCAAAGGGCGUACUAAAGGGAUCGUACGAUGCCGAGACAAUAUCAAACAUCAACAGGGAGUUAAGAUCUAUGAACUACCAAGCGAUUCAGAACUGCACAAAAACGCUGCUCGUAUUGAAAGACAUAGAGCCGCCAUCAUUCGACAAUUCGCAGAUUCUUCUCAACCUCGAAAAUUUUAUUUUAAAUCGUGAACAGCUCGAAAGAGGAACGCUGGAAUGGCUGACAGAGAUGGAUUGGUACGCAGACGGAGAGUUUACAGACGUUUUUCUGAUUCAGAACGAGGAGUACCUGCUGAAGAAAUUUGACAAGAUCUUUUACAGGUGCAAGUUCUGCAGCCUGGUCGCAAAGGGUAGCGAUGAACACGAAUACUGUCUUACCGUGUAUGAACAGCACUUAGAGAAUGUGUCCUAGGUGAGCACGUCGAACUGGUCAAAUAUAAAAGGAGGCACUCGAAAAAUGCGAUAUAACGGCAAUAAAGUACCUGAGAUUAAAGCUGAACGAGCAUGACGUUUAAGCGCAUAUUCGCAGAGUGCGAGCGGAUCAGCCAAAACGUUG